CUCCUCGCCACAUAUAACAAUCAGACCGAAAACUCCUGCGCCCCUUCAGCACAACCACGUACCUGCACUUAUGAAGUGUAUGCCUCUCCCUCUGUCCAAAGCAGAAGUCGUUCCUCUAUCACGGAUCGACCGGUGACAAUCUGCCCAAGAUGGAGGAUGAACGGGGAGUUGAGAUGGAAUGCAUUGCUGCAAUCUUUCCUGAAAUCGUCUUCGACUCCGAUAAUCCAUUCUCUGCCACGAUUGAGCUGCCAGUUCACCCAACAUCCUCUGUCAAAGUCAACUUUCCAGCUUCUGCCGAUGGUCUUCUACUUACCCCGCCACUCUCAGUUACCUCUGGUCAAGAAGGCGAUCAGUCCAUUACGGAACCUGCGAACAAUGUCGAAUCCCAUAAUCUCUCGUAUCUGCCGUCGCUGGAACUUCGCAUAACCCUCCCAGAAGGAUACCCAGAGGAGAAACCGGCUCAAUUUCAACUCUCUACGAACCCCGCAUGGCUGUCACGUUCUUAUCUUGACGAGCUUCAGGAGCACGGGAAUCAUAUGUGGGAGGAAGCUGGUCGCAGUCUGGUUGUCUAUGGCUACAUGGACUAUCUGCAACAAGCAGCUGAAAAUGCGUUUGGUUUUGCAGAGAAAGGGAGGACAUUGGAAAUCCCACAAGACUUCAAGAUAUCUCUACUCGACUACGACAUCAAGGAAACACAGGCUGCGUUUGAGAAGGAGACAUUUGAUUGCGGUAUAUGCCUCGAUCCAAAGAAGGGAACCGUUUGCCACCGAAUGAUUGAUUGCGGUCACGUCUUCUGUGUGCAAUGCCUGCAGGAGUUCUACAACAAUGCUAUCACCGAGGGCGACCUGGCUACGGUUCGAUGUCUGGCUCCUGAUUGUGCCAAAAAGCGCGCCGAAGCCCGAGGUGGAAAGAAGGUCCGCAAAUCCAAGAUACAGCUCAGCCCCAGCGAAUUGCUUCAGAUACCUCUUGAACACGAAAUUGUUGCACGAUACGUCAAGUUGAAGCAUAAAGCGGAACUGGAAUCGGACAAGAACACAAUCUACUGCCCAAGAAAAUGGUGCCAAGGUGCCGCUCGAUCGAAGAAACACCGUAAGCCAGAUGGACUUGAAGACACAGCAGAAUCGGAGGACGACUCGGACAAUGAAGAAUCUGGAAAGCUUGAGCAAUUUGUUGCUGGCAGGGACUUGCUCUCUGUCUGCGAGGAUUGCUCAUACGCUUUCUGCAGCAGGUGUUAUCAAGGUUGGCAUGGCGAAUUUUUCAGUUGCGCACCAAAGACCAAUACCGGGGAGCUCACAGAGGAAGACAAAGCAUCAUUGGAAUACAUGAAGCUUCACACGACUCCUUGUCCGACUUGUGCUGCUCCUGCCCAGAAGACACAUGGCUGCAAUCAUAUGAUUUGUUUCAAGUGUCAUUCCCAUUUUUGCUACCUUUGUUCGGCUUGGUUGUCACCUUCGAAUCCAUACAAGCACUACAACGAAGAGAAGACAUCCUGUUAUAUGCGGUUGUGGGAGCUUGAAGGAGGAGACGGUGAUGAUGUAGGUAUUGGAUAUGCAGGUGGAGUUCGUCCGGUUGAGAUUCCACCUGACCCACAGGAGAGGGAGAUCGAAGUUGCGGUUGCUGCUGAUAUUGUCAACAACGAACUUCGAGACAUUCCCGAGAUAGUCGAGCCAGGUGAUGAAGAUGAGCCUCCAGAGCCACGACCAGAGAUUCAACGAGAAGGUCCUUUAGUCCUGCGGAUCAAUCAACCUUUACCACCUCCCGCACCUGCAGUUCCUGAUCCUCCGCCAGCUGCCAAUGUGCGAAAUCGUCCCCAACGCCAGCAGCAACCAAAUCGACGAGUCAACAAUCCAGCACCAGUUCGUGGAGGACUGAAUCGUAGGCGCGAACCUCAUCAGAGACAACAAAUCCGAGAUGCUCAGGCUCAAGCUCAAGGUGCAGCGGAGCAAGAAGAGGCAAACCAACGUUGGGUACGGAUGUUCGUACAAAUGGCGAUGAACGACGAGGAAGAUCAAUUGGACAGUGACGAUGAAGACGAUGCUGCUGCAUGGGAGAUACCUGUGCGAUAAUGGUAAUUUCAGUAGGGGAGUUUGUGAAUAUGGGGUCAAGAUUCGGUGCAUAGCGAAGGCGUUUGGCUUCUGGUUACAUGGAGCAUCAAGAUGGAGAAGAAGGUUGGCCUAGUGAUUUAAUUCAGCCAAUAUGGCAUACAUAAGAGCAUAUUCAAUCAUUCUUUGCAUUCCAAUUGCAUUCGAAGUCUGCGCACGUGACGUUGGUUUUACUGCGACAC